AUGUUCCUGAGAAGCGCACCCUAUAGUAAGCAUACAGAAAAUGAAAUAUCUGACGAGCCUAUCGAAGAAACCUCGUCAUCAGGCAGCAAUCUCAUAAAGAACCUUAAGAUUGCACAAAAUAUCCUGCGUGAUCAUGGUCAUUUCCGAGAGUCCGAUGCCCUGAAUGAUGUCCUUAUUACCUGUGCACAACCCCCUGAACUGGGUGGGUUAGGUCUGGCGGAACAUGCCGACCUUACCGAGGACUCACUUCCCGCUCCGCUGCCUACCCGUCCCGAAGGCCGGAGGGGCAUGACCCUGAGUGAAAAGGUCUUCCCAUUGCACGACACUGGCCAGCGGGGUUCGGUAGCUCCGAGCGACUUAAUACGAGUCGAUGUGGAUCGGGUGAUUGCAUCGGAAGCUUCUUGGGCAGGCAUGGAGUCAACGUACAACCGCCUUAGAAAGCCGGGGAUCUUCCGUAAUGACCGCUGCUGGCUCGCUGGAGAUGAUGUAGUUGAUCCUCGGGUCAACAGCCUUCCGAAACUUGCGUCGGCUGAAUUCUUGAUUGAAAUGACGACUAAUGAGGCAGCUGGGGAGCACUGCUUGCAGUAUACCCAUCCAGAAUUCUGUGACCGUGUGAAAGAGGGUUUCAAUAUUGUUGUUGCCGGCAAGGCCUUUGGCUGUGGAUCCUCUCGGGGACAGGCUGUCAGGGCACUGCUGGGGUGUGGUGUCAAAUGUAUCAUUGCUGAAAGCUUUGCUUUCAUCUUUCAGCGCAACAUGCUAAACCUUGGACUCCUUGGCAUUACCAUGCCGGAGAGAUCAUUCCACGCGGCUGUCGAGGAUGGGGCGGAAAUCACGAUUGACUUCAAUGAUAGUAUCAUUGAUAUGGAUGGACAAACAUUCAGCUUUAAUCUCAGCCCAAUGGAGAGAGCGCCCUUUCAUCAUGGUGGUAUUGCGUCUGCCUUUAGAAGGUUUGGCAGUAACUUAUUUGAAGCGAUAACGGAGGGAAAGAGCAUGGGUCUAACGCCUGAUCAUGGCAUUAAAAAGUCCGCGGACUUACAUCCCGAGCUGCAGUGGUAG